AUGCCGGCGUUGCGUGCAGCGUGCGCGGGGCCCGGCUGCCCGCGGCUGACGGUCCGACGGGUGCCAAGUGCAAGGCAACAUAGUUUCGCCUCCCAGAUUAACGCGCAACACGCCGCCAGGCUGCGGGGCCCGCCCACGGUGGCCACACUCGCCCACUCCAACGGCGACCAGCGCCCGAGCGCGUCCGCCAUCCAGCAGCUCGAGCCCGCCGUGGCAUCUACGUCGCCGCCAGACGUCGCCAUCGAGCCCGUCGAGGCCGCAGCGGCCCAGAUAGACGAGCAGGACUCGAUCCUUGUUUCUGAAGACCAGGACCAGGUGGCCGCGGGGCCGUUCGGCGGCGGCGAACGCCAGCCGCUGCUGGUGGUGUUCUCCGGCGGCACGGCCUUCAACGGGGUGGCGGGCCCGCUGCGAGACCUGAGCACGCGCGUCGCGCACGUGCUGCCGGUGAGCGACGACGGCGGGUCGACCGCGGAGAUCGUGCGCGUGCUCGGCGGGCCCGCGGUCGGCGACAUCCGCUCGCGCUGCCUGCGCCUCGCCGACGAGAGCGACGAGGAGAGCCGCGCCGUCAAGGCACUCCUCGCACACCGGCUGCCGUCGUCGUCCCCUGCGGCUGCGAAGGAGGAGUGGUACCAGAUUGUCGAAGGCGACCACGCGCUGUGGGAGGGUGUGUCGGAGCCGUACAAGCACACGAUCCGCGCGUUCCUGGUCCACUUCCACGUCAACAUUCUCCGCCACUCGUCCGAGCGGUUCAACUUCCGCAACGGCAGCGUCGGCAACUUUUUCUUCGCGGGCGCGCGCACGUUCUUCCGGUCGCUCGAGGCGGCAAUAUUUCUGUUCUCGCGGGUCUCGCGGAUCCCCGAGGGGUCCGAGGUGAUGCCGUCGAUCCUCACGGAGGACCGCAUCACGCUCGGCGCCGAGCUGGAGGAUCCGAGCGCGUCCGGACCGACCACGAUCCUGCGCGGACAGAAUCAGAUCUCGCACCCGUCGGCGACGGUCGGGCCCGACGGGCCGGAGGCAGUCUCGAAGACGGCGACGGACGGGCCGCUCCCGGGCAAGAUUCGGCGGAUCCUGUACCUGUCGUCCGAGGGCACGGACCGCGAGCACGAGGUCUUUCCGAAGGCCAACCCUCGCGUGCUGCAGCGUAUCAAAGAAGCGGACGCCAUCAUUUAUGGAAUGGGAUCUCUCCACACGUCCAUCUGUCCGUCGCUGAUCCUGCGGGGCGUCGGCGAGGAGAUCGCGGCGCGCGAGGGCGUGCCGAAGAUCAUGGUCCUCAACGGCGGCCCGGACCGAGAGAGCACCUACUCUGGGACGCUCGGCGCGCCCGUCGAAAUGACCGCGGCCGACAUCGUCGACGCGCUGAUCUGUGCGAUGAACCGGCGGAACGCGACGAAGGGCGCGACGGACCACGCGCCGUCGAAGUACGUCACGUGCGUGGUGGUGCCGCGCGGCGGUGGGAUUCGGGUGGACGUGGACCGGCUCGCUGCCAUGGGGGUUCGGCGCGUGCUGGAGGCGGACGCGGAGCCGGUUGGGGAGGGCAAGGUGCACUACGAUCCGGACUCGCUGGUCGAUGCGAUCCGCGUGGCGAUCGAGGAGGGAGUCGAUGAUGAGGCGGCGGGGAGUGGGGAUGGGGACGCGCGUGGCGGGAACGGGCAGGCGCGUGGGUCGUGA